CGAGCGUCGCGUCGCGGUCAUGUCCGAGGAGCCGAGCGGCCUGGCCUGGUCCAUCAACAGGGACGACUACGAGCUGCUGGAGGUGAUCGGGAGUGGAGCAACUGCUGUGGUCCAGGCAGCUUUUUGUGCCCCUAAGAAGGAGAAAGUGGCAAUCAAACGGAUAAACCUCGAGAAGUGUCAGACUAGUAUGGAUGAACUCCUGAAAGAAAUUCAAGCCAUGAGCCAGUGCCAUCACCCAAAUAUUGUGUCUUACUACACAUCUUUUGUGGUAAAAGAUGAGCUAUGGCUGGUUAUGAAACUGCUAAGUGGAGGUUCUGUUCUGGAUAUAAUUAAGUACAUUGUGGCAAAGGGAGAACACAAAAGUGGAGUCCUAGAUGAACCUACCAUCGCUACCAUACUUAAAGAAGUGCUGGAAGGGUUGGAAUACCUGCAUAAAAAUGGACAGAUUCACAGAGAUGUAAAAGCUGGAAAUAUUCUUCUUGGAGAAGAUGGCUCCGUGCAGAUUGCAGACUUUGGGGUUAGUGCUUUCUUAGCAACUGGUGGUGAUAUUACCCGGAAUAAAGUCAGAAAGACUUUCGUUGGCACGCCCUGUUGGAUGGCACCUGAAGUGAUGGAACAGGUUCGAGGCUAUGAUUUCAAAGCUGACAUCUGGAGUUUUGGUAUCACGGCAAUUGAACUGGCCACAGGGGCAGCACCUUACCAUAAGUAUCCACCAAUGAAGGUGUUAAUGCUGACACUGCAGAAUGAUCCUCCUUCUUUAGAAACUGGUAUUCAAGAUAAAGAGAUGCUGAAAAAAUAUGGAAAAUCAUUUAGGAAAAUGAUUUCAUUGUGCCUUCAAAAGGACCCAGAAAAAAGACCAACAGCAGCAGAACUAUUAAGGCACAAAUUUUUUCAAAAAGCAAAGAACAAAGAAUUUCUUCAAGAAAAAAUACUUCAGAGAGCCCCAACCAUUUCUGAAAGAGCUAAAAAGGUGCGGAGAGUCCCGGGUUCCAGUGGCCGUCUUCAUAAGACAGAGGAUGGUGGCUGGGAAUGGAGUGAUGAUGAGUUUGAUGAGGAAAGUGAGGAAGGGAAAGCUGCAAUUUCACAACUCAGGUCUCCCCGAGUGAAAGAGUUAUCAAAUUCUGAGCUCUUUCCAACAUCUGAACCAGUGGGUACUUUACUUCAAGUUCCAGGACAGAUUUCUGCUCGUCUACCUCAGCCAGCUGGGCAGCUGCCUGCGCAGCCAACUCAAGUCACUGUUCCCCCUCCUGCGGAGCCAGCAAAACCAGCUCAGGCUCCGUCUUUAGGAGCAAGCUCACAAGAAACCAAGAUCCCAAUUAGUCUAGUACUGAGAUUAAGGAAUUCAAAAAAAGAACUAAAUGAUAUUCGAUUUGACUUUACUCCUGGAAGAGAUACAGCGGAGGGUGUCUCUCAGGAACUCAUUUCUGCUGGCCUGGUUGACGGAAGGGAUUUAGUCAUAGUGGCAGCUAAUUUGCAGAAAAUUGUGGAAGAACCUCAGUCAAAUCGAUCUGUCACUUUCAAGCUGGCAUCCGGUGUGGAAGGUUCAGAUAUUCCUGAUGAUGGUAAACUCAUCGGAUUCGCUCAGCUCAGUAUCAGCUAAACCACAACCCUGAAAGAGGCGGCCCAAGGAGACUCCACACACGUGUCUCUCUUGCUUCUGUUGGCUUAAACCCACAACUGCCAAAGAACCCAGCAACACGCCUCCUCCCAGCAAAGAGCUUUAGAGGGUCUUUCUUUAUGUUCUUCUUCCUGCCAUCAGCCCCCACUUUUCCCUGCAAGGAACGGCAAGUUGGAUCGCCAGUGGCCAGCACCCCUUUAAAGAGUUCCGUUAGUAAAUCAUGUAUCCCCUGUCUUCCUCUGUUGGUACUGGCCCUGUGCUCAGCCCCAGGAGAGAACACUGUCGUUCACCUGCCUUACUCACGGCAGGGAUGAUGCAGGGUGCAAAGGAGCAACUCUAUGGACCUCCUCUUCCUCCUGCCCGUUUUCCCACCCUAGCCAAUGGGAGCAUCUGGGGGUGUCUCCACCGCUGAAAUAGCAAUUAGAAUCUGGGACCCAGAGAAUUUAAUUUAGUGGGAUUUUUUUUUCCAUGAGGGGGGUGGUUUAUUUUAUUUUCGUGGGGGUUUUUUGUUUGUUUGUUUUGCCUCAUGUGAAUUCUAGCAACAUUUGUUAGGAAAAAGCACAGCCUCAGAUAGGGGCAACCCAAACUAUAUUCUUGUUUUAUUCAUGAUAUUUCUAAGCAUUUUGCUGAAGCUGCUCUCAGGCACCCCUCGUCACUGCUCCCUCUAGGAAGGGGUGCUCGCCUUAACUUCAGCUGGUGCAAAAUAUCGGACUAUAGUCAUACUUCAGCCAUUGGAUCCUUUACAGGGGCACAUUGGACUGUUUUUAGAGAAAAA